AUGGCAGCCAGCAGAAUCCUGCAGGCCCAUCGCAAAUCCUUUGUGUCUCAACGAGCGCUCGCUGAGAUAUUAGAGCUUCUGCCAGAAGAAGAGGACCAACCCGCGACGUCCAGGGCAACUUUGAAGCGGAAGCGAGAGGAGAAACUGAACAAACCCACUCCUUACGGCCCGGUGUGGAAGGAGCUGACUGGUUUUACAAUGACAGAGGGGCCGCCACUGAAGGUGAGCUACCUGGACCCCUUGGCAUUGCUCUGGUACGCCUGCAAUCAAGGGGGUGGCUUCCAGGAGUUCGUGCAGAGCUGCGCAGCAAGAAUUCCUUGCAGCCCCGGCCGCCCCUGGGACCUUUGCUUAUAUGUCGACGAAGUUUCGCCGGGCAAUCAGCUGAAGCCAUUGAACGAGCGCAAACUCCAGGUGCUAUACUUUUCUUUGAAACAGUUCGGCGGCCUUGCUCUAAGCAAGGAGGACGCGUGGUUCGUGCUGACUGCAGUACGUUCCAUCGACGUCAAGAGGCUGGCCGACGGCAUGACGCAGCUGAUGAAGAGGAUCUUCGGCAUCUUCCUCUUGGACCGCCGAGAUCAGCUGCUGCACGGCGUCAGUCUGCCGAUGCCGCAUCAGCAAAACUGGAUGCUGUGUUGCCGCCUUGGUCUGUUGAUCGCCGACGAGGCAGCCUUGAAAAGUGUCUGGGAACACAAAGGAGCUUCUGGCACAAAACUGUGUUUUAUGUGCCAGAACGUGGUCUCCGAGUCGUCUGGCCUGCAUACCACCGACACAUCAGGAAGUCUGGUGAGCCAUGGUUGCCACCGCAAGACACAGCUUGUUUUGCAAACGGACGCAACAGUGCUGGAAGCCGCGGCCCACCUCGAAAGCAGUGAACAAGUCAUGCGGAAGGGCGCUUUCAAGUUGCGGCAAAUGGCCCUCGGGUUCAACUAUGCAAAGCAUGGCGUGCUGUUUUCGCCGGAGCUACAAGCCCAUCUGCGACCGGUGUCAAUCAGUAUGUACGACUGGAUGCACAACUUUGUUGUGGCAGGAACCUUCCAUAUCGAAAUGACUGAACUUCUGCAGGUCCUGCACAACCAUGGCAUCCUCCAGUCCGAAUUGCCACUUGCAAGAACGUUUAGGGUUUAUAAGGUUUAG